AUGAAACAAAUCAUUUUGCUUAAAAGUUGUUAUUAUUGUGAGUUCCUAUUAAAGAAACUUUGUAAAUCCUACCUUACAAAAAUGCAAAAUGGGAAAUAUUGGGAAAGUAGAAAAUAUAUAAAACAAAAGUGGUGCUUCCGUUCCCGCUUAUGGGCCUGGACAAGUAGUAUGAUGUGCCACUUCCGAGAAGUAGCUCUAUCGACAAGAAAAAGAAUAAUAGAACGUAAACAGAAAACGGAAAAUUUAAAAAUGUUAAUUUUUGUCCAUAAAUCUUCAUUGGUCCCUUUAAACCAUAGUAAAAACCUACUUCUACUAAUCUUCAGUGAGUUGCUAACUGCUGCUGAAAUAAUUAACAAUUAUUAUUUGCAAAAAAAGCAAAAAUUGAGGUGUUUUAAGAAAUACAAAGGAUAUCUGGACAAAAACAAGAAAGAGAAGGAAAACGUGUGGGAAUGCAUCUUUCUGUAUGAUGCAAUAGACUGCAGAAGCUAUUCCUCACCGCAAAGUUGUCUGAAAAUUCAGUUUUUAAGAAUUGGACCCAUGAUCUUGAAGAAGGUAAAGUUUAAGGAAAAAAUUACGAGUAGAAGAGGAAUAAAUUGUGCAUAUUCUAUGAAUCACGUGAUUUCUGAGGAGCAGACUACAUCAAAACUGACAAAAAUAAAACAUGCGUUAUUGGCAAACAUAAAACACAGCAAUUGGGAGGUGCAUUUUCUGGGAAAGCAGGAAAACACAUGUGACCACAGACACCGUUUACACAGAAAUGGCAUGGAUGAGGAAAAGGCUCAAUUGGACUUUUAUUUUUGUCUCAUAUAUACCCAUCAACAGAAGGGUAAAAGACCCACAACGGUGGUUGUAUUGUUCUUUGGAUUAGGAUUUCACAAUCGUAAAAUUACAAAAAGGAGGACAAUUGCUAUUCUGGAAGAACAAAAUUUUUUAGACUGUUAA